GCCAUCUCGAAAUACUUCUUGUGUACUUCAGGUUGACCUUUUCAGUGCACUCACCUCACACGCAGGAAAAGUAAUGCCACAAGGCUGCAGGAGAAUAUAUACAAAGGGGGGAGGGGAAAAAGAAGUUUUAUGUUGUUCAAAUAGGCAAGGGUAUCACCCGUUAGAAUCGCCCAGUGUUAAUUUCUCCCAACCAUUUUCAAGUUUUGGUCAAGUAGGUGGUGACGUUGAAUAUAUAACAUUUAAUUUGGUUUAUUCGUGUAAAAGAGUUCUUGUGAUGAGAAAGUGGUUUUAUAAUUCCAACUCAUGGUAGACAGAGAAUGCUUGCAAUUAGGCACUUUGCAUUUCAAAAUGCAGCGCUGGCUGUUCCGAUCAGCUCUCAAAACAAAGUACAAUCCUUCCCGUCAAUACGAACAGUCAACAGGGGAACAGAAGAUCCAUUCAGUAAAAUGUGACACGUGCUUGAACACUACCUGUGUGUAUGGCUUAGGAAGAAUCAGCAGUAGAGGAAUUUUUGUGCUGUUUAUCUUGGCUUGUGUGGCUGUGACAGCACUCAAUGUUUAUUUACUACGUCACACAGAAGCAGAUUCAGGACAUAUUUUGCCACAUCCAGAGAAGAAUUCUGUAAAGAAGCCGGGUUUUGCAGUUUAUGGCAGAAAUGUAGAUUCUGGAUACCUGAAACAUGUAUACCUGGUUCUUGAACGUUUGGGCUUUGAACGGCGAAAUGAUUCAGACUGGGAUGUUCUGUGGGCUCAUGCAUAUCCUUUCCGUGUUUUAUAUUCCAGUCUUAAAAAUCUCGAACCUCAUCAAAAGGUGAACCACUUUCCAGGAUCUGGAUAUAUCACACAAAAGGUUGAUCUUGCUACUUCAGGCAUUCCUUACAUUCCAGUUGCCUUCAGGAUCCCUUCUGAUGUUGACAAGCUGUUUGAAUAUGCAAAAAUAAAUCCAGAAUCAUUAUUUGUUCAGAAGAGUAAUGACCAUAGAGGUGUAAGAAUCACAAAGGCAAAUGAUCUGAACUUGAAAGCAGAAGGUACAUUUGUUCAGGAAUAUGUUAGCAAACCCUUGCUUGUGGAUGGGCAUAAAUUUGACAUCGGAGUGUAUACAAUUCAGACAUCCAUUGAUCCUCUGAGAGUGUACAUUUACAAUGGGGAUAUGAUACUGAGAUUCUGUCCAGAGAAAUAUCACCCCUUUGACCCUGAUGUGCUUGAUAAGUAUGUCGUGGGAGAUGAUUACCUACCUACGUGGGAAGUGCCUUCUUUACAAAAAUAUUAUGUGGACUUAGGUUUUUCCAUGAAAGAGUCACUUACUGCUUAUUUAAAAGACAUGGGUAAAGAUCCAAGCAAAAUAUGGGACCAGAUAGAUGAUGCCUUAAGACGUGCCUACUUAAAAACAGAGCCAUUGAUGGUUAAGUCUGCUUCCAAUUAUAGAUCAAAGCGAAAUUUUUUUGAAAUGGUACGCUUUGAUUUUGUUGUUGAUGAAGACUUGAACGUUUAUAUAAUGGAGGCAAACAUGUCUCCCAACUUGUCCUCCCAACAUUUUCCUCCCAACAGUAUGCUCUAUGAACAAGUUCUCUUCAACACAUUAAGCCUGGUUGGAGUAGGACGGAAGGUACAUGGAGAUUCUCUUAGUCCAAGGUCAAGUUCUGAAGAAACUAUGCAGGUAACAGAAAAGAACCUCAUGGUAUAUCCUGCCGUGUGUGCAAGAAAGCUUUGUCGCAGCAGCUGUGUGUCACCUGACUGCCAGCUUUGCAGGCCCUGCCUAACUGCGGAGACCGUGGACGUGUUGAAGGCCGCUUAUCUGGAACACGUCAAUCGUCAGGACUGCAAAAGAAUCUUUCCUCCACACUUGACUGAAGAAGAUGCAAAGAGGAGUAUCAGUUUAGAUGAAUACUCACCAGAGAAUCAGCUGAUGUAUCGAUGGUUUCAAGGGAAAUGUCUCAUUGACCGCACAUGGUGUUGAUUUGCAACCGCAUUCUUCUGUUGUCAGACGAGGUUAUAUGAAUUUCCAAUGGAUGGGAUGACGAAUAAGCAAGGAAAUACGUGGUACUGACCUGUCUGAUCAAUUAUCUCGGAAUCAGCGUGAAAAGACUAUGGAGAGAUGACCCUAAGGAGAGAUUCGAACUGGGAACCUCCUUAAUGCACGCAGUCUUUGCAGGGACUGAAGAAGGCAAUCAGAAACCCAUUAGUUAGGAUAUCAGGGAAGUGGGCUGAGGUUUUAAUUCGGAACGUCCCAAAUUUGAAACGGGAGUGCUGUCCACUCCACGACGACGACGACGUUAGGUUACAGGAACUGCUUCUGCCAACCUUAGUAUCAUCUGGACCCGGCGUUCAAGUCACUGGGUAGCACGAAGGACGUUUUAAUUCCGUUGCAGUUCGCUUGAUGUUUGUGGUUACUAAUGCAUCCUUAACACACUGACGACCUUGAAGAAACAAGCAAUCACAUAAUUGAAUGAUAACACGUGAUAAGAAUAAUGACAUACAUCGUCGAUGUAAGCUCACAUCGUUCUUUGAAUACCUGUGUUUUAUAUUUGACUGAACAAGUUGCAUCGACGUCAAGGUUCCGAAAAAAUGACUACGAUAUUAGUAAGGAGAUAAAUUAAAGAAUUUUUGUCCUCUGAGGUGAUGCAACGGAUGGUUCGAAACAGGUUAAAGAAAUGUAUUUCCAAUUCAUUUGAAUAAAUGGCUUUUCACUUUUCCGGUUACCCUGAAAGUGGAAAGUCAUGAUUUGUAAGUAGCUCGUCGCAUUCUCCACAAGCUUCUACAAACUAAGAAACUGCAUGGAGAGACGUUAUUCUUGAAAAAUUAGUAAGGAAACGCUCACCUUUUAUGAAAUCAGAAGCUUCAUUACCGUGUCCACAAGAGUCUGCCACCGGCCCCUAUCGGGUAAGAUGAACCAUCCACUCUGUUCCAUUACGAUCCAUUUUAAUAUUAUCAUUCCAUCUGUGCCCAGAUCUUCCGAAUAAAAUUUUUGUAACGAUUUCUCCACGUCUCCCUUCCUCACAUGCGUGCUAGGUUCCCCACCCGGGCCAUUUUUUAUUGUAUAAACGAAUUUGGGGAAUACGAAGCUGGUAAUUCAGCUCCACAGUUCUAUAGACUGAUGACGCGUACCAUUGCCGAUCUUCGAUGUCUGUGUGGAAUUACGCAGAUUUUAAGAAAGUGUGUCAUAUUUCUGAUUCUUGUUCCCGAACUACUUAAAUGCGUUUGCGAUGACACGGUCGAUAACAGGCACGAGAAUGAAUACACUCGUUCUGAUAAACAUCUUCUGUUUUAUCAAAAUAAGGCAUUAAAAAUUAAAAUUUAAUAUCAAGUCUCCGAAACAAUACAGGACCAAAGAUAAGGCUGAAGAUUUUCUGUCUCCUCAAAUUCCUUCCAUAUUUUCUGUGUUAGUCGCUAGGAGAUACCAAAUUUGUAGUUUAAUACGUAAAGCAUUGAUUUAUCGCUGUCCAACGACAGUUUUUAUUUAUUUAUAGCAAUACAAAACGUACGUGAUAAUAUUUUAAAUUCCAACUGGUUAACGUUCUUUUAGCCGAUUUGAAUAUAAAAUGAAGGACUUUUUUUUAAAAUGCUGAAAAACUGCUCUAUGCACGAAAACAAAAAAAAAUAUGUCUGUAAAUACGGGUCCUUCGAUUUUAAAAUUAAAUUUGCUAAGGGAUAACAGUGUAAUCUUUCUUGAAAGUUCUUAUUGGCAGGGGGGGGGUUUGAACGCUUCGUUAUCAAGCUUUGGCCCUCAAGAUCACCUGACUUCACAGGCUUGAUUUUUAUUGUGUAUGCUACGUAAUUUAAUGAUAUAGCAGAACUAAAGGUGUUCCAAUUAAAACACAACUUUAAGGUAAAUAGGUAAAAUUAAUUAAGUUUUUCUUCCGUGGAGUCCAGAUUUUAAAAGGCAUAUACCGUUUAAAAUGCUUACGAUUGGGAUGUAAUACAGAGUCCAUGCCGAGACGAGCGAAGUCUGAGGUUGAAGAUCAAAGAUUCUGGACAUCUUAUUAAAGAUGCCAAGUUUUGGAAACAAUCCUCCAAGGACCAUAAUAAUAAGUAAUAUUGUUUAUAAAAGUAAUUGGUAUACAUUUUGAAACGGAAACAAAUCCCGAGUAUGUGUUUGUUUAUUGUCAGAUUCGAACACGGAACCUUCAGAUCAGAAUGACGAUGAACAAUAAAUCACGGAAAAUAAAAGAAAUACAAUAUUUAGACUUGAUAAUUCGAUCUUGAACACGUCUUCUGUUCUGCUAUACAGACUGCUCUGUGAGGGAACCAGGUCUACCAACCGAAGAAACACAUUCACAGGGGUUUUGCUUUCGAGGGAUUCCGGAGAAGUCAUUAACAUGUUUUUAUUCAAAUUAGGCGACAUAUUGGUGUCUUGUUUACCAUACGUCUGGCAUAAAUCGUUAUUGUAAUGGGAGGUACAGAAAAGCCACACCAGGGCACCGGAAUUACGACGCCAGCGCUGUACUUUUACAUCACUUCCGGUGUGGGACUUCGAAACUUUUAAGCGCUUGGGGUUUCUUUUUGCACAGAGUCUACAAUGUAAAGAAUUGAGUUUUAUUAUUUGAAUGUUUUUGAAGGUUCACGUUAAUGUUUUUCUUUUCUUUUCAAUAGAUGUUGUUUGUCGACGUAUCUUAACUGUAUUUAAUUGUUGGCUUUACGAGACGAUUCUGAACAGGGUUGUUUUAACUAUGCUGUGAAUUGAUUUGAACCAAAUAUAAAGUAUAAACACAGAAAAUAUUCUGUUUUUGUGUCACAUACAUUUAUUUCAUUGUUUUACGAAAUAUUUCAAGUAUGAAUUAAAGCAAUCUAAAAUGUG